GUGUUAUUUGGUGCACGUUGUCGCCAUGAAACUAUCACAUCAUUAUAUGCUAACUGAAACUGAAAUAGCAUCUUGAGAAGUGGAGGUUUGCAGUGUAUGAAAUACAUUAGUACUAUCUGUGGUACCAGCUGGUAAUUAUCACGUGAGUUUUAGCGCAGAUAUGAGGAUGAAGCUGAGAACACAUCCAUUAGUUCAAGGCUAAGUGUAGCCAGUCGUAGUCGGUUGUAACCAGCUUGCUGUAGUAUUUACUGCCGAUUUCCUAACGGCCCCGUAAGAUUACGACACUACAAGUGUGCUGACCGACAUGAUUUCGUUACUAGAUACACGUUAUUGACAACAGUACACACUAUUCCUCCCCUACAAUGCGCUUCCAAAUGCGUCUGUUCCGAAGGUUAAUACCACGAGAACGACUAUGUUCUAUACGUACUGUUUUUGACGCCAAUGAUAUAACGGGUAUACAACCAUUUGAAGCCAUUCCUGGUCCAUCUGGGAUUUCCGCCCUGCCAUAUAUUGGACUCAUGUUUGAAUUAAAGCCGUUCACAAAUUAUGACAUUCGGAAAUUGUCGGAACUCUUUGAAAGUUACCACGAGCAAUAUGGACCUCUUGUAAGGAUCCGAGCAGGAAAGGGCUGGCUUGUCUGUGUAAAUGACCCUGACGACAUUGCCGCUGUUUUUAGAUCGGAGUCCAAGUUUCCAUACCGAGGAGUCACUCUCAUUGCAAACACCUACGAUCGCCGAAAGGGAGCAAGAGCGGGUCUUGUUACAUUAAAGGGUGAGGAGUGGUACGCGCUACGGAGUCCAACACAAAAGUCGAUGAUGAGACCAAAGGCUAUGACCAAAUACGCCAGUCGCAUUAGCCAAAUUGCUGAUGAAUUUGUAGCAAAGUUUGAACAAAGGGACCGGUUAGACAAUUUACCCGACCAACUGAUGGAAUAUACAGCCGAGGGGGUUGGGAUGCUGUGCUUUAACACCCGGCUUGGUUGUAUAACUGAGAAUAACGCCACUUCAGAAUUAAUGGAGCAUACAAAGACAUAUCUAGAGGUGUUUGGAGAAUCGACCUAUCGACUUCCUCUUUACACUAUCUUCCGCACCCCGAUGUACCGAAAGUUUGAGCGGGCUGCAGACUAUAUUUCUCAGUUAUGUGAAACCUACAUAGAUGGCGCCCUGGCUAAAAUAGGGAAAACUCCACAGUUUCACGAUGAACAGAACAUUUGGCCUUCUCCUGAUGACGUGGUGCAGGGUACUCGAGAUUCUUCCACAAAGGUACAACAUAUCCUGUGCCAUUCCAAUCACGCUGAGGAACAGAAAUGUCGACUUUUCGCUAGCAUGGAGUCUGAGAAUCGGCCCAAUGACAUGGAGGAUAGCUUGCUGUUCGACUUGUUGUCUACUCCUGAUUUGACUCCCGACAUGAUCAAGCGGAUACUAGUAGAUGUGUUUGUCGCCGGUAUCGAUUCUACAGCCAACGCGAUGACGUUUCUAUUUUACUUCUUAGCCAAGCACCAGGACAAACAAUACAAACUCUACACGGAGUUGAGUGAAGUGUUACCAAAAGAUGGAAAGAUAACCGAGGACGUCAUCGACAGAUUAUCCUACCUAAAAGCGUGCCUCAAGGAGUCUCUAAGAUUGGUUUUCCCUAUCUGUGCAGGAACAGCGCGGAUACUGGAUCGAGACAUCACUCUAAAGGGAUACAAUGUGCCUAAAGCGACCACACUAGUCCUUUGUAACGGGAUCAUCUGUCGGGAUGAGAGCUACUUUCCCCAACAGAACCAGUUUAUCCCUGAGCGCUGGAUUCGUAGUGACACAAGGAUAGACAUGAACCCAUUUGCUCAUCUUCCGUUCGGAUUUGGACCACGAAAAUGUAUAGGCCAGAGAUUUGCCGAACAGGAAAUAUACAUUUGUACAGCCAAGAUGUUAUUGAUGUACCGGCUUACACUGCCUCCUGGGGUAGAUGAUAUACCCUACAGAUACUGUACCUUCGCCACGCCGCUGGAGAAGGUCACGUUCCUACUGGAGAAACGUUCUUCAAAUUGACGUUCUGCCUUCACGUGUUGUUUAAUUAUGCUCGUGAUAACUAUAAUGAUAGGUGUUUUAUCGACCAUAGGUAGUCAUUAUACUACGUUUGCAGGUUACCUAGUCGAAAACAUGUUUUUCUGACCAGAUUUGGUCUGAAGCGCCAUUGGAAGCGUCCUUGGGUUAAAGAAAGAGAUGUAGAUACAACUUUGUUAAUCCCUGUUUUGUUGGAAUGACAAAGUUUAGACAAAAUUGGCCAGAAUCAUCCUUUAGCUUGAGCAAUUAUUGGGUGAAGGUAAUCCAACAUUGUACAAAAAGAGGAACUAGCUCUCAAAAAAUGGAUGGGAAGAGCCCCAUGGGGGAAUGAAACAUGACUUUGAAAUCUUUCUUUUGUAUGGAUAAAGUCCAACCCACAGGCCAAGUGGUUGGAUCCAAUGAAGGAAAUCAAAAUUGAUUAUAAAUGCUUUUCAAAUUGAAAUUUUUGUUAACAUUGGUUGGUAAAGUAAGUGUGUGUUGUAUUGUAUGGUACUGAAUGUGAUAUUCCAUACUGAGUAUUUGUAAUAUAACUUACAUUAGCGUGUUUAACAAUAAUCACUGACAUAUCCCGGUGAGAGGUAAGGCGUUUUUGGCCUCCUGUUUCACCUUGUGUUGUUGUAUUAAGGCAAUAUUAAGUAUUCGAAUUAAUGUCGCUUCCUCAAUGUCUAGAUAACAGACGACAUAUAUUGUGUUUUAAACAAUUUGUGUUUAAAUGAUUCCCCCAUUUCUUAAAGGUAAGUUUUCUAUCAGGGUCUAGUUAGUCAUGAGUGUAAAUACGGAACAAUAGCUACUGUAUACCAUGAAAUAUUCCCGUGUAUUUUUUUUCGUGUUUUGAAGCGUUUAACGUAUUUUGUUGUCAUAAGAUUUCGUGGUAAGCCAUUGCAAUAAUAAUAUGGCCAUUUUGGUGCCCAUAACUUUGUUAUUCUAUAUUAUUGGGUUUGAACUACGUACGGUCUAUUUAAGGUUUUAACACAGUCUAGUCAUGUGCCCAUGUAUAACUUUGUUAUUCUAUAUCAUUGGGUUUGAACUACGUACGGCCUAUAUAGAGUUCUAACAGUCUAGUCAUAUUGGUGCCCAUAAUUAACUUUGUCAUUCUACAUUAUUUGGUUUGAGCUACGUACAUCCUAUAUAGAGUUUUGACAGUCUAGUCCUGUGCCCAUAAAUAACUUUGUUAUUAUAUUUUUGGUGGGUUUGAGCUACGUACAGCCUAUAUAGGGUUUUGACAGUCUAGUCCUGUGCCCAUACAUAACUUUGUCAUUCUACAUUAUUUGGUUUGAGCUACGUACAGCCUAUAUAGGGUUUUGACAGUCUACUCCUGUACCCAUAAAUAACUUUGUCAUUCUACAUUAUUUGGUUUGAGCUACGUACAGCCUAUAUAGGGUUUUGACAGUCUAGUCCUAUUGGUGCUCUUGUGUAACUUUAGUAUGCUA